AUCAAAGGAAGAGAGAGAGACUCGAAGCCGAACCCGGUGAUCCCGUUUUAUUGAACGGGAGAAGCCACAAAGCACAAGCGGGCGUAUAAGACGCCUGAUCAGGGGAGAGAGAGAGAGAGAGAGAGAGAGAGAGAGGGAGAAAGAGAAAGGCAGCAUUUGGUCGAUCAAAGCUCGCAGUUUCGAUCGCUCACUUCUCCCUCUUGUUCUUCUUGAAGAGUAAAAGAAGACGAUUCCAGAGGAAAAGAAUUCUGGAUACUGCGGUUCUUCCUUCGAUUUUCCUUCUUCGAUUGUUUUGAGUAAAUUUCUGCUGUUAAAUUCCAUUGGGAUUAGGAUUGAUCGACGGAUUUGAAAAUAUUUGUAGCCUUUGAAGAGUUCCCGGGACCAACUGAGGAGAAGAUUGCAGGACUUGAUCUUGAGGGUCGUACGAUGCUGAUGUUCUGAUGAAGGCGAGUCCUCCGUUUUGAUUCAAGGCUCUCUGAGUACUACUACGCCGUUCUGUUAUCAACCAGCAAAGUAUGUGAUCUUUCCAUAACUUAAACAGAUGCGUGUUCUCCAAACCUCAGUCGGCAUUCCUUUGUUCAAUCGUAUGCUCCCAACGAUCUGUCGUCUUAUUCAAUCAAAUUUGGUGAAAUCCCAUUGUGAACCGGCGAAAUCUGAUCAUUAUUCAGAGGAUUGGAUUCUGAAACUUGACAUGUUCUUCGGGUUUUCUUGCAAGUAGGAUCCAAGACCUCCCAGGGACGACCCUUUCAAGAUCAUUAAUGCUGUGAUCUCCUUCCUAUUUCCCUUUUCGAACUGAUUUUCCUUUAGACCUGUUUGGAGUCUUAAUUACAAUUGGAUCAGAGUGGAUCAAUGUUCAUCAGCUUGAAUCAAAGAAUCGAAACAGAAGAAGAUCAAGAAAUGUCAAUGGUGGCAGUGAUCCUUGACUAUUAUUAUGCAUCCCAGUUCAUUGGCAAUUCUUUUUCUUCGAAUUAGUUCAUUUGAUGUACUCUGUUAUUACAGGAGAUGGAAAGCAAGCCAACUGGGAAUCAUCACCGCGUGCGAGGCACGGGAAGAGGCGGAGGAGCAGUUGAAGCAUUACCUAAUAGCAGCAACCACAACGAGAGUCUACCGACGCCGCCGGAGUUGCUGUUGCAGUGGGGGAGCCGUAAGCGGCUACGGUGCAUCAAGUUCCAGCACAAGGACAACGAUGCCGCCACCGGCAACCAGCCUACCGCUACCACUGCAGCCGCCGCUCGCGCCGACCGUGCUCUUCGAAGAGCCACCUCGGCCCCCUACAAACAGGCGCUCAGGAAUAAUUUGGAGGCGACAGAGGCAGCUGCUAUCAGAGGCAAACGUGGAGUGACAUCGCCGGAGAGGGAGAGGGAGAGGGGCGUGGAAGCCGGGGGAUCGGCGUCGAUGGAUGGGGCUCAGAAGGCGGCAGCGUGGCCUAAGCUGGCUCUGUCGCUGACGAACAAGGAGAAGGAAGAGGACUUUUUGGUCUUCAAGGGUUCCAAACUUCCCCAGCGCCCCAAGAAGCGGGCCAAGCUCCUUCAGCGGACCAUCAACCUGGUGAGCCCGGGGGCAUGGCUUUGUGAUCUGACCUUAGACCGGUAUGAAGUCCGAGAAAAGAAGAUCUCAAAGAAGAAGCCACGGGGUUUAAAGGCGAUGGGAAACAUGGAAAGUGACUCGGAAUAGCAGAUAAGGAGGCUGAGCGAACAACGAAAGAAUAACCAAGAGAUCAAAGUCAUAUAAGAGGGUGGUGAUACACAUGAGUUGUUCGAAGUCUAGGGUACGGAUGUUUCAUCCUGUUAAAAGAUGAGGUGAAGAGUAAAAGGAAAGUAGGAGCAACUAGUGAAAUUUUUUAUGGAUCUAACCCUUGUGCAAAGAGAAACAUGCUCACAGCAGUCGUGUUAUAACACUAGAAAAUGCGGAUAUAGGAUCUGCAAUUCUUUCUCUAUUCGACUUUGUUAUUUCUUUUUUUGGUUAAUGAAACUAUCCGGAUUGAAGAGA